CCGUGUUUGGGAGCGGGCAGAGUGCAGAGCGAACCGGGGCGGACACACGCAGUCAGCGGGAGAAUGGCUCUGCUCGCAGCGCAGGAGUGCGGACAAACUUUGACGUAGCUUCCCGGAAGUGUCUGCAGAGCGAGUGAACCGCGUCCCCCGGGCUGCUGGCGGUUUGUUUCGCGGUGUCGUGUCGCAGAUCUGCGGGAAGAGACUCCUGACAGCUGGAAGUAAACAGCUAGCGGCUAACGGCUAACUGCGGCUAGCUGCGGAGGAGCCGCCACCAGGCUAGCGAUAGCCGGCUGCUCGCCUGCCCGCGACCCGCCCGCUGCCUCCCGGCCCGAGCCGCUGUCACACCCGGCCCGCGGCAGUGACACGGCGACCCCUUCCAUCCAUGUUGGUGCGGAGGACGACGCCAGCGCAGCUCCGGGUCCUCCAGCCAGGGUGUCAGUGUGCGUCGCCCCAGCUGAGUUGGUGAAGUCACCUGACGUUACCCCCCCCACACAGAGACGUGCCAACAGAGGGACAGGAUGCCUAUUCCUCCCCCUCCUCCCCCACCCCCGGGACCGCCGCCCCCACCCACCUUCAAUGAGGCAAACACGACUGCUCCCAAACUGAGCUCAUCCGGGGCUAAAGGCAGAGGAGCGCUGCUGAACGACAUCUGCAAAGGCGCCCGGCUGAAGAAGGUGGGCGUGGUCAGUGACCGGAGUGCACCCGUCAUAGAGAAUUCAGGAGGAAGUGGCGGAGGAGGAGGAGGCGGAGGCGGAGCCCCAAUGGGGAUGGGGGGGCUUUUUCAAGGUGGUGUGCCAAAGUUACGCCCAGUUGGAGAUGGUUCAGCAGGGGGGUCAGUGGGCAGGUCUGCACUGAGGCCCCCGGGGGCCCGGUCCGCGGCCCCCCGCCCCCCCGCAGGCCGCUCCACUUCCCCCUCUCCCCCGAACAAGCCCUCUCCACCGGAGCACCAGCGCUCCCACCGCCCGUCUCUGCCCGACAUCUCCCGUCCCCCCAGCGGCGGCUCGUCCACGGGCGGCGGGAUGAAGCACAGCACCUCUGCUCCCCCCCCUCCUCCACCCUUCAACAGGGUCGGCCGUGGCAACGCUCCGCCCACCCCCAACCAGAAAGCACCUUCCGCAUCCCCUCAUAGCAGAGAGAAGCCCCUCCCCCCUACGCCCAACAGAGGUGCCACGCCCCCCAGCUCGGUGAAGCCGCCAUCUUCCAGCCGACCUCCAACCGGGGGUUCCUCUGCUCCUCCGCCUCCCCCCCCAUACAGACCACACACUUCAGUCUCCAAUGGGCCUUCCCACGUGGACGGGGGGGGCGGAGCUCCGGAGCUGCCACAGAGGCACAACUCGCUGCACAAGAAACACACAUCAGGAGGCGGCAGCCAAGGACGAAGCCACGCCCCUCCUCCUCCUCCUUCUCCGUCUCCAUCUUCUCAGCCGGUCCCGAGACCUCCACCACCUGCCAGAGAGCCGCCUGGACGCAGAGCAGCUCCCCAGGUUCCGCCUUCCGGGUCUCGUAACGGAGGUCGGGACGCUCCUCCGCCACCCCCCCCGUACCGUGUCAACAGCUCUGCGAUCUCAGAGUCCCUCAACCGAGUGGGAAAACCUCCUCCGCCCUCCUCCUCCUCCAUCUCCUCCUCCACCUCCUCCCGCACCCCGGCCGGACCUCCUCCACCUCCACCGCCCAUCAGGAACGGCCACUCCAACUUCUCCUCUUCCAAGUCCAUCAUAGAUGAUUUUGAAUCCAAGUUCAACUUCCACCCGAUGGAAGAGCUUCCACCUCCGGAGGAGUACAGGCACUUCAACAAGGUCUACCCCAGCAGAAACAACAAGGGCAUGAUGAGAGGAGCCCCUCCAGCGCCGCCGGUCGGGAGGUGAACGGGCCUCAGCUCAGGACUUGAACUCUCAGUCAGCCGACUCGGUGGACGCUCAGGAGGGAGUGGUGAAGACGCACUCCAAUCACAAACACGCUCGACACUAAACACACACUAAACACACACAUUCACUAACAUUAAACCACCAGCCAGAAGCACAGUGGCCAAAAAAAGUUAACACUACCACAGCACGCAGGUCGGACACGACUCGGAGUCACUUUCUCACUUUGCACGAGAGAAUCACAAACACUCGGAGACGAGAAGCCGUCUCCAGCGUCACGACUGCGACCACCUGGACUUCCUGCUGAGCGGAAGCAGAAGCCUCUGCUCCACACGACCGAUCAGGACCAAACUCCCAACGCUUCCACUCGGUGCAUUCCACCUUUUUAAAAAUGCAUAUUCAUGAUGACAAUGGUGAUUUUCAUAACUCUGAAUAACAUCUUUUGUUUUGUUUAUUUAAUUGUUUUUUUGGUGUCAGAAUUAAUUUGCGAGGGAGAGAAAGAAAGAAUCAACGCUACGAAUGGAAACUGAGUUUUCAGCAAAUGAUUCCCACUGAGGUCUUUAAGCAGAACUGAUGAGGGGCUGAUUGAUGCUUUUAUUUUGGGGGGGUGGGUUUGUCUUAGUCAUUCCAGCUGUGCAGGUGAGGCUGCGUUUAGAUCCUCUCGUGUCAGAGGCCAGAAGCAGGUGAAGUCAGGUGAGCUGCAGAGAGAGGAAUGUUUCCACUGGUUUUCUAUAGAAAGAUCAUUUCUUCUGGAUCGUGGACGAGAUGAAUCACGGGAACAUUCAGCCAACGUUCAGACGACGUGACCACAGGAGGCCACGAGCUGCUGGGAACUUGCUCUGCAGUUUGUACAGAUUGGAGCUGGGAGCAGCGAACCAGAAACAAGAGGAACACUUCAGGGCCAGAUGUUUGAAGCACAUGGAGCUUCUUUACUACACUUUGCUUUUAGCUUGACUUUAAAACACUAAUGACAUAUUCAAAGAGACCAAGCAGGAGAAGUGACCACGAAGAAGAGCUUGUUCAGGGCCGACUCUCCGUUCUCAGCCAUGUGGCGCCCCCUGCUGGUCAUUGCCUUACACACAUCUGUUGUCUCUCUCCGCGGUACCAGUGCUUUUAUUCAGAUUUAUUUGUUCUUAGGGGGAAGAUGAUGACAUCAGAGUAAAUAAGAAACGAGUCUAUUUGAAAAUGCAAUAAAUAUCGUGUAUUUACAUAAUGGAAUAUGUUAAUCAUAGCUAUUGAUCUAUUUUUAUGUUGUAAAAAGGUUGUAAUAUAGGAAAGAGAGAUGGUGAAGAGUUGAACAUGGAGCAGACUCUCUGGAUGUGUGACCACAUGAGGGUGAAGGAGCUGAACGGACGUGUGACACUUUGCCAACAAGAAUAAACUUUGGGGAUCAUGUUUCUUUACAAACAACAACAUCCAGCCGGCGGGUGAACGAGGGAACCUGGUGGCUGAUGGACACGAGAAACACAAAGGACAAAUGAAACUCCACUUCCUGUCCAGCGUGUGCGUUCACCUUGACCCACAGGUGAGGCGUCACGCUGGUCUCCUCAGGUUCACACCUUGUCUCUACUCUAACAAGAAGAAACCAACCUGUGGUCAUUUCAUGUUAACCAACCCUUGUUUUUAUCAUUUGAAAUAAAUUCAAAUAAAUGUAUUCCUGUCGGGGAAAAGGGAA